CACACAGCACCGCAAGAAAUUCCAUUUCCUCUUGCCCGGUUCCGCCCACAGGAAAAAGGCAGAGCAGCGACUGCGUUGCGUACAUGUCGCCGGUGAAGGUGUUCGGCUCGCCGCCGUUCACGAACGUGGCGCGCGUGCUGCUGUGUCUGGAGGAGGUCGGCGCCGAGUACGAGAUCGUCGAUGUCGACUUCGGUGCCAUGGAGCACAAGGGCCCCGACCACCUCUCCCGAAACCCAUUCGGCCAAGUUCCGGCGUUCCAGGAUGGAGACCUGAUGCUCUUCCAGUCGCGUGCGAUUUGCCGGUACAUACUGCGGAAGCACAGGUCCAGCGACGAGGCCAACCUGCUGCGGGAAGGCGUGCCGGAGGAGGCAGCGGCGGUGGACGCCUGGCUGGACGUGGAGGCGCUCCGGUACGAGCCCGACGUGCACGCCGUGUUCGUCCAGCACCGCGUCGUCCCGGUGCUGGGCGGGGAGCCCGACGAGCGGGUCAUCGCCGAGAGCGUCGCGCGGCUGGAGGAGACGCUCGCCGUGUACGAGGCGCGGCUGGCCAAGCGCAGGUACCUCGCCGGCGACGGGGUCAGCCUCGCCGACCUGAGCCACUUCCCGUACACGCGCUACUUCAUGGAGAUGCCGUACGCGGCGCCGGUGUUCGCCGCCUACCCUCGCGUGACGGCGUGGUGGGAGCGCCUUUCGGCCAGGCCGGCGGUCAGGAAGGUGGCCUCCAUGAUGGCCGGAGGCAGCGCCGGCGGCUCUGGCUGAUACAUGCGUGGUGUUGCAGAGUGGCCGCUAUCAGCGAAAACAAUUUACCAAAUGUAUUCAAUUUUUUCCCCGCCAGACAAAACAAUGGCUGAGAUAACCAGGGCAUUUAACUUUUUGUCACCCUUACGACUUAUACGGGUCUACAUAUCAUAGACGAUGAGUGUCAAAUCUAUUUUAGCGAGUAGCAAAAAAAAUUAAAUUUUUUGAGAUAAUUUGUCUGGGAUAUCAGACAUACACAGAUAUAUACACAGUUAUACAUAAGAAAGUUGAAUAAAAAUUAU